AGCCUGCGUCGGGUGCGUGUGAGCGGGCUGGGUUCCCCCCAGGUUCUGACCGGCCGGCCGGAGCGUGUGGGAGAAGAAAGAAGUAGCGGUGCCGAAAUGUUCCGGUGCGGCGGCCUGACAGCGAGGGCGUUGAAGCAGAAACUGGCGCCCUUGGUGCGGACGCUCCGUGUCCCAGGUUCGAAGCAGAGGAACCGGCUUCCAGGCAACUUGCUCCAGCGAUGGCAUGUACCUCUAGAGUUCCAGAUGACAAGACAAAUGGCUAGCUCUGGUGCACCAGGGGGCAAAAUCAAUAAUUCUGUGCUUGUCCUUAUUAUGGGCUUAUCAACAAUAGGAGCUGGUGGAUAUGCCUACCUAACGAUAAAAGAUAACAAAAAAAGAUAUAAUGAAAGAAUUUCAGGUUUAGGACUGACACCAGAAGAAAAAAAGAAAAUGGCUGCUUUGUCUGAUCCGGAAGGAGAGACAACUCCUCAGGUCAGAGUACCAAGUCAUGCUCCAUUCCUGCUCAUCGGUGGUGGCACUGCUGCCUUUGCUGCAGCCAGAUCCAUUCGGGCCCGGGAUCCAGGGGCCAGGGUACUGAUUGUGUCUGAAGAUCCCGAGCUGCCAUACAUGCGACCUCCUCUUUCAAAAGAACUGUGGUUUUCAGAUGAUCCAAAUGUCACCAAGACACUGCGAUUCAGACAAUGGAAUGGAAAAGAGAGAAGCAUAUAUUUCCAGCCACCAUCUUUCUAUGUCUCUGCUCAGGACCUGCCUCACAUUGAAAACGGUGGUGUAGCCGUCCUCACUGGGAAGAAGGUGGUACAGCUGGAUGUAAGAGGCAACAUGGUGAGACUCAAUGAUGGUUCCCAGAUUACCUACGAGAAGUGCUUGAUUGCCACUGGAGGUACUCCAAGAAGUCUGUCUGCCAUUGAUAGGGCCGGAGCAGAGGUGAAGAGUAGAACAACUCUGUUCAGAAAGAUUAGAGACUUUAGAGCCUUAGAGAAGAUUUCCCGGGAAGUCAAGUCAAUCACAAUUAUCGGAGGUGGCUUUCUUGGUAGCGAACUGGCCUGUGCUCUCGGCAGAAAGGCUCAUACUACGGGCACAGAAGUGAUUCAGCUCUUCCCUGAGAAAGGGAAUAUGGGAAAGAUCCUCCCUGAAUACCUCAGCAACUGGACCAUGGAAAAAGUCAAACGAGAGGGCGUGAAGGUGAUGCCCAAUGCCAUUGUGCAAUCCGUUGGAGUCAGCGGUGGCAAGUUACUCAUCAAGCUGAAAGAUGGCCGGAAGGUAGAAACUGACCACAUAGUAGCAGCUGUGGGCCUAGAGCCCAAUGUGGAGCUGGCCAAGACUGGUGGGCUGGAGAUAGACUCAGAUUUUGGUGGCUUCCGGGUGAAUGCAGAGCUCCAAGCACGGUCUAACGUCUGGGUGGCAGGCGAUGCAGCAUGCUUCUACGAUAUAAAGUUGGGUAGGAGGCGGGUAGAGCACCAUGAUCAUGCUGUGGUGAGCGGAAGAUUGGCUGGAGAAAAUAUGACGGGAGCUGCUAAGCCAUAUUGGCAUCAGUCAAUGUUCUGGAGCGAUUUGGGGCCUGAUGUUGGCUAUGAAGCUAUUGGUCUCGUGGAUAGUAGUUUGCCCACUGUCGGUGUUUUUGCAAAAGCAACAGAUCAAGACAAUCCCAAAUCUGCCACAGAGCAGUCAGGGACUGGGAUCCGAUCAGAGAGUGAGACGGAGUCGGAGGCUUCGGAAAUCGCUCUUCCUGCCAGCAACCCUGCAGUGCCCCAGGCCCCCAUGGAAGGGGAGGACUAUGGCAAAGGUGUCAUCUUCUACCUCAGGGACAAAGUGGUGGUGGGGAUCGUGCUGUGGAACAUCUUCAACCGGAUGCCAAUCGCUCGGAAGAUCAUUAAGGAUGGGGAACAGCAUGAAGAUCUCAAUGAAGUAGCCAAACUGUUCAACAUUCAUGAAGACUGAAUCCCCUAGAGGGAUGGAUUAAGAACUUCACUGUGGCCCUUGGUGGCUUGGAAGGGAACAGGGGCAUUUUGUAUUCAGCAGACCUCCUCUGUGUGGAUGACUCUUAAGUGGUCAAGUCCUCUGUCUUUUCAACUCUGUAGCUAAAUUCUGAAUGGUUCACAUCAAUAAAGCCAGAUUCUUCUAAAUUCAA